AUGAGCUCCACUGGCAAAAGAGGUCUUUCCAAGCUGGAAUCUGACUUUGCGGGUGAAUUCGGUAAUGUGAGAAGGUCAGGGCUAAGAGCACGGCCAGAACAUCUGAUUAGCAGUGCUGUUCCUAGUGGAGACGACGAUAACGAUAAAGAGAGUGCUCCAGUGAGCGAUGUGUCGCCUCGUAAGAGGCUGCCAUCGUUCUCCAAGGACUUCAAGCUGCCUAAGCUGAUUAAAUUGGAGAGGGAUACCGAUUCGCCUACAAAGCUGGAGCUGCCAAGCUUCAAGAAGCCUAUUCAGCUGAUUAGGCUGGGCCCCGGUAAACAACAAGAUGAGCCUGUACAGAAGGCUAAGAAGCCGAUACUGCUGAGACGUAUUGUGGACGACGACCCGGUAGCAUUGAAGAAUAACACUGGUGUUGCAAAGAACUUUGUGUUUGAUGCUGAUAACGACUUCCAGAUCAUUGACGUUAGCGAUGGUGAAAACGAUGCCAUUGAUGCCACUGAAGAACGAGCUCAGAAAGAUGACGUUGAAAAGUUCUUCGAUGCUACAAGCCAAGUUGAUCUUUUGAACAACUCACUGAUUGAACAACUCUCGCCGUCAGAGAAACAAGACGCUAAGGGGAAUAAAUCUGCUGAUCUAGUAACCGAUACCGAGCAACUGAAGCAGAAGAUCUUGCCAAAGUUGCACGGGAAGUCUGAUCAAGGUCCCUAUGAACUCGACGAUAAGGUUCAAGAGCUGUAUGGAAUGAUCCACACCACUGUGAAGGAAGGUGGCCAACAUUCAUGUCUCAUCUGUGGUGCUAGAAACUCUGGAAAGACAUCUGCGCUGAACGCAGCACUACGGAAAGCUCGUGAAGAUUUGGAUGAAGGACAAGACUUCAUCGUCAUCCAUAUCAACGGCCUGGUGCAAAAUAACGAUUCAGAAGCGGUUAGGGCCAUUGCAGACCAGAUGGAUUCUGAAAUUGCCAGAAUUUAUAACGUUAACCUCAGAGAACUACAAUCAAAGGAACUGAUCAGUCGGAAAUCCAUAACAAAUACUUUUGCCAACAUCUUACAAGUGCUAGAUAAAGAGCUGUUGUUGACAGACGGCCAAACUGCAAAGAUUAGCCAUCCAAUAAUAUUCUGUGUCGAUGAAACCGAUGUGUUUGCCAAUCAGAAUAAGCAGACGUUACUCUACAACCUAUUUGAUUUGGUUCAAAACUCGUCGACGCCGAUCUGUGUCCUUAUGUUCAGUACAAAUUUCACCGUUAAGGAACUCUUUGAGAAGAGGGUCAGAUCGAGAUUCUCACAGCGAACCUUGAACUUCACCAAGUUGCCAUUGGAGAAAUUCUUGACUGUUGGGAAGAAGUUGUUACAAGUGGAUGAACCGUCCAAUGAUUUAGAACUAGAAUGGAAUCGUAACAUUGAGACCUUGAUCAAUACAAACACAAAGGUACGUCGCAUCCUAUCCCAGAUCUACUUGACCACUGGUAACAUCAAGGAGUUCCAAAACUCGUGUGUGUAUCCGGUCAGCAUGUUCAUAGACGGUAUCUUGAAUGAUGCAGAUUUCGCACAGUACUUGACGAAUGAGAUGAACGCAUCACUGGCAAAGAUUGUGAACUCGUUGUCCGAACUGGAGCUGUUUCUCCUGGUCAGCGCAGCAAGGGUCAUUGCAAAGACUGAUAUGAGCUGGGUAAACAUGAACAUCACCUAUGAAGAGUACACUACACAGGUAAAAGCACGUAGCCGAGACGUUGGCUCAAGCACUGGUCAAGGUGCAGUGUCGUCUAUAGGUUACAAGCUAUGGGCUAAGGACAGUGCCAAGUCGCAAUGGGAGUCCCUCAUUCAACUGGGCCUCUUAACGAAACCAGCACAGCAGGGUAAAUCUGAUUUCGAUAGUGGUUCCUUUGAAACGAGAAUGUGGAGCGUCGAGCUGACUCUUGAUGAGUUGAGAUUACUCGUGAACCCUGAUAGCCCGGCAAAGGCCUGGACAAGACUGUAA